CACCACCGUUUUUUUGCCUAUUCCAAAUUUCCACACAUUUUAUUUUCAUUUCUUAAUAUUUAUUUCCUUAUCAUUUCUUUCUCUCACCAACCAACAAGUUCUCCUUUCUACCCAUUUCGUCUCCUUCAUUUUGACGUUUUCUUUAGAUCUGUUAAUAAUCCCAUCCAUGGCUUGGUCUAGUCACUAGUGGUGUUAUCUCUCUGUGUGGAAUAAAAAGCAAGGUUUUUUAAUCACUUGGAUUGUUUUAAGAUAUGGCAACUUUGAACCCUUUUGAUUUGUUGGAUGAUGAUGCUGAGGAUCCAAGCCAGCUCGCUGUUGCCAUCGAGAAGAUUGAUAAGUCCAAGAAAUCUGGACAGGUUUCGAGCUUGCCUGCUAAGUCAGCUCCUAAGCUUCCAUCGAAGCCACUUCCUCCUGCUCAAGCCGUGAGAGAGGCAAGGAGUGAUGCUCCACGUGGUGGUGGAGGCCGUGGAGGAUUUAACCGUGGUCGUGGUGGUUACAACCGUGAUGAUGGUAACAAUGGAUAUUCAGGGGGAUACACUAAACCCUCAGGUGAAGGAGAUGUUUCAAAGUCUUCUUACGAGAGGCGUGGCGGUGGUGGUGCUCCUCGUGGUUCCUUCCGUGGUGAAGGUGGUGGACCUGGUGGUGGUCGUCGUGGUGGAUUCAGCAAUGAGGGUGGUGAUGGGGAACGUCCUCGAAGGGCCUUUGAGCGUCGUAGUGGAACUGGCAGAGGGAGUGACUUCAAGCGUGACGGAUCUGGUCGUGGGAAUUGGGGAACUCCAGGGGAAGAGAUAGCUGCUGAGACUGAAGCAGUAGCUGGUGUUGAGACUGAGAAGGAUGUUGGAGAGAAGCCAGCUGUUGAUGAUGUAGCUGCUGAUGCUAACAAGGAGGAUACUGUUGUUGAGGAGAAAGAGCCUGAGGAUAAGGAAAUGACUCUUGAUGAGUAUGAGAAAAUACUCGAGGAGAAGAAAAAGGCACUUCAAUCAUUAACUACCUCUGAGAGGAAAGUUGAUACGAAAGUGUUUGAAUCAAUGCAACAACUGUCAAACAAGAAGUCUAAUGAUGAAAUCUUCAUCAAGCUGGGUUCUGAUAAGGACAAACGCAAAGAUGACAAAGAAGAGAAGGCUAAGAAGGCUGUGAGCAUCAAUGAGUUUCUGAAGCCAGCAGAGGGUGGGAACUACUACCGAGGAGGUCGUGGUGGCCGUGGACGUGGUGGUCGUGGCCGUGGAGGUGUUUCUAGUGGCGAAUCUGGUGGUUACCGUAAUGAAGCUGCACCGGCAAUUGGAGAUGCUGCUCAGUUCCCAUCUCUUGGGGGCAAGUAAGAUCCAUCCAUGAUAACGUCCACACUCGUGCAUCCUCCUUUAGGAUUUUGUGCGAGGAUUUACUGUUUACUGGUCUCUCGUUGUCAGAUGUAAAUAAUUAGGUGUCGUCGUCAGUUUUUAGAUUUUAUGCAAAACUUUACACUUGUUGGUGUUCUUUACUUUUGAAACAGUACACUCUUCUUAAUUUUACCAUUUUACUCGUUUUGUGUUUGUUGUUUUCUUAUUUAUGAAACAUGUUUUGAGACGGACAUAUCUAAUGUUAUCGGGUUUGAGUCUUUACUCUGUC